AUGAAUACCAUUCAUUUGCUUCUGGGUAUUCUACUCAUCACUGUGGAAGCCAUGAAUAGUACCACUCCGGAACCACUUGGGCCCAAGGUUAAGCGGUUUUUUCAAAUCGAAGGGAAAAUCUACUGUAAUGAAACAAGCAUGAGAUACCUUGUCACAAUUCUAAGGAAAGGUCCACAAUUCUCAAUUCCCAUCUCUGAACUUGAACCUGUUGAUGCUGUUGACACCUACAUCUAUGUCGCCAUUGCCAAAGACUUUCCAAAAAAUUCGACCACAUACGACCUCCAAAUAAAGAUUCUGCACAACUGUAACGAAAAGAGACACGUGAUGGAAUUCAAAGAUGACAUUGGAUCUUUCCUUCCGGUAGAACGCUGGACAAAAAUCAGACACAACAUUGAUCUCACCGUCCCUGAAAAAGAAGUCGGGCCAUCCAACCUCACCAUGAUGUGGGAAAAUAGACCAUUUUAA